AUGGAGGAGGGAUUGGAUCAAGAGUAUUACUUGAACAGGACAGGCUGUGGAGUCCCGCUCAAUAGGCUUUGUGCGGUCUGCUAUGCCGCACCCCCUUUGAGCUCUUUGGGAAUCUUGGCGCUGGAGAGGGAGAAUCCAAUCGCUCGAUUUCACGCGCUUCAAAUCAGCCUCACAUCUGUUCCCUACCUGCUCAAUCUGUGGGUUUGGCGCAGCUUUUUCGGUCUCACGUGGCUGCCCAUCGUCUUUUUCUUUGCCGGAUUGGGCUGGUGUUGGGUUGCCGGGUCUACAGCUGCCAAAGCUUCCGCAAGUCUGGCCAGAGUACCAUAUCUACCCUUUGUCGGUCCUCGCGUCGAAAGAUGGAUAGAGCGAGAAUGA